UUGGGCAGUGAGCGAGUCAACUCUAGACUUAACUUGAACCACUCCUGGUGGUCCUGGACUCUUUCAAACCAUUUUUGGAUUUAUUUUUGGAAUACUCAAGGAACAUUUAUAUAGCGAUUGUGAUAGAUUUAUUCAACUGGUCUUGGGUAUAUCUUAAGGCCUUAUACAGGCGUAGCUCCUCAAAGACUUUUGGAAACAGUCAUUACGAACAUAUACUAGUGUCUACGAGGAAGUAAUAUUCAGUGUACUGGUGUACCCAUAUUGAAGGGUAGAGAAAGACGGCAAAGAUGGCGGGAAACGUGAUGACACUUCUGUCAUUUAUGAUCGGGGCCUUUUCCUUUCUCGUGUUUUGUCAGGUUCAAAACAGCAACGCGUACCCAACGGGAGCUGUUAUAUCUGCCUGCGGUGAUAUGACACCGAAUCAUGGAUUCAGUGCUCAGACGUCGGUCAGUCCCUACAGCAUCACCGUGAGUUCUGCAUUCUACCAACCAGGACAGCAGAUGACUGUCACGAUUUCGACGAACACCGGCUCCCUAGCUUUGAAGGGUAUUCUGUUGCAAGCUCGUCGCACUGGCACCGAUCAAAUCAUCGGUACAUGGUCAUUAUUGGGCACCACGGGUUUUCAAACGCUGGCGUGUAGCGGUGCUAAUUCGGCUGUUACGCAUACUAGUAAUGCUGACAAACCGGCUGCUUUUCAAUUUAGAUGGACACCUCCUGAUGUCAACGGAGAUGAUAUCUAUAUGACGGCAACAUUUGUCCAGACAAUGCCAGUCUUUUGGGUUGCAGAGAGGACAAGCAAUAUUCAAUUGGAGACAUGCAACGCGAACGGUGCCAAGCUAUGUGGUGCUAAUGGCAACUGUGAGAGUCUUAUAGGAGGUGGUAUCAAUUGCGUCUGCGAGGAAGGAUACACCGGAAUCCUAUGCACAAUGGGUCCUUGCGAUUCGGAUCCGUGCGUCAAUGGAGGAACCUGUACUUACUCUGCUGGUGAUACAACCUUCACAUGCUCCUGUCCUCCCCCUUUGGGAGGACCCACAUGUCAGACAGUCCAAGACCUUUGCAAUGGGAAUCUAUGUGAGAACGAAGCAGGAUGCACCUCAGCACCCGGAGCAAAUCCUCCAUACACGUGUCAAUGUCAGGCAGGAUUCUCAGGAUUUUUCUGCGGAACAGAUAAUUGCAUAACCAAUAAUGAUUGGAUUUGUAACAACGGAACCUGUGAAACGAUUCAGGGCGGUGGCAUCCGGUGUAACUGUUUUGAAGGAUUUACCGGGACUGUAUGCGACCAAAAGAGUACAACUACAACUCCGUGUAACCCCGAUCCUUGCAAGAACGAAGGAGUGUGUGCCAUAAGAGGUGAUACUUGGUAUACCUGCACCUGUCCCGCCACUUAUGUGGGAACAAACUGCGAUAUUCCUGCUCCAUGUAAUCCUAGCCUUUGUGAGAACGGGGGUACUUGCACGGUGACUGAUGUCGAGUCUUAUUCCUGCGCCUGUCCACCACUUUAUACUGGAAUCAACUGCCAGACCUCGGUGACGUCAUCAGGCGACACUUUCCCUCCAGUCGUAUCGAACUGUCCCUCGGACAUCGUUCGAACGGUACCGGCAGGAACGGUAGCCCUCAUGGUUUCCUGGGUGGAACCUACGGCUAAUGACAAUGUCGGUGUCCAGACAUUUGAAUCUAGCGUACCAUCGGGGACUAAUUUCCCUGCUGAUACUACGACCAAUGUGCAGUACACCGCGACGGAUUUUUCCGGAAACAGCGAUACUUCUUGCUCGUUUACUGUGAGGGUAACCACCGAAGCUGAUAUCACUCCGCCAACGGUUGAGGGAUGCCCUACAGACAUCGUGCACACAGUAACCCCUGGUACAAGCUCCCGACCGGUCACGUGGAACGAGCCCACUGCUACAGAUGAUGGAUCAGGGCUUGAAAGCUUUACAUCAUCAGCCACCUCGGGAACAAACUUUCCGGCUGAUACCACUACAACGGUGGUUUAUCGUGCCGUUGAUAAUGCAGGCAACGAGGAUAGGUCGUGUGAAUUCACAGUGAGGAUUAUCACCAGUUCUAAUGGAGCCGAUACCGUUCCUCCCAUUAUCACGAACUGCCCUGCUGACAUCGUCAUAACGGCCCUCCCUGGACAACAGGGCGUGGAAGCGUCAUGGAUAGCACCUAGUGCUAGUGAUUCUUCAGGAGUCCUGAGCCUGACACCAAAUAUCCCAUCUGGCACGACGUUUUCCGUAGGAUUCACAGCAACAAUUGUUUAUACGGCAACAGAUAACCUUGGAAACACUGAUGACACGACGUGCAGAUUUACCAUCACUAUAUUAUCUUCAUCAGGUCCUUCUGUUGAUACAACGCCACCAACUGUCAACAACUGCCCGUUAGACUUUACUAUCAAUGCAAACGCAGAAGAACAAGUCGCGCCUGUCACUUGGUCAUCACCUACGGCAUUUGAUGCCUCUGGUGUCGCGAGUAUUACAUCAAUCCCAGUAUCAGGGUCCCUGUUACCUGUGGGUGAAGCGACAAUCGUCACCUUUUCUGUCGCAGAUAACGUCGGAAAUAUCGACAUAUCGUGCCGUUUCGUUGCGACAGUGGCAGCAUCUUCAUCAGCCGACACAACCCUCCCGACGAUUACAGGAUGUCCAGGUGACAUCACAGACACUGCCUUACCAGGAGAUAAUACACUCUCUGUUACGUGGGAUGAGCCUCAAGCAAGUGAUGCUUCCGGGAUACAGAGCUUUACUCCUAAUAUUCAAUCGGGAUUCAACUUUCCUACUGGCCGAACGAUAAAUGUGGUUUACACAGCAGUGGACAACGCCGGUAACAUACAGAGAUGUGGCUUUACGGUCACUGUCAACGCCGCUUCCGAUCCCUGCACUUCCUCACCAUGUCAGAAUGAUGGUACAUGUUUGCCAUCAGGAACUGGGUUUGUUUGCAUGUGUCCUAUCUCCCAUACCGGUCGAUUGUGUGACGUCCCAAUCGACUUUUGCCUCCAGGCAAAUGCUUGUAUAAACGGCGGAACUUGUGUCUCAGAAUCGGAAGGUUUCAGGUGCAUCUGUCCUUCGACACACGCUGGAGUCAACUGUCAAAAUGUGAACCCAUGUAGCUCAACCCCGUGUCAAUCCGGCGGGCAGUGCAAUGCAGCAGAUGACUUCUCUUCCUUCACUUGCCAGUGUGUGUUACCUUACACUGGAACAACGUGCAACCAAAGUCCGUGUGACUCAAACCCCUGCCUCAAUGGAGGUGCCUGUGGAAUCACCGCUACAGGAUACAUGUGCAAUUGCCCUCCAACGCACACUGGGGAACGAUGUGGAGAUAUUGCUCCAUGUGGUCUAAGCCCAUGUAAAAAUAACGGUAUUUGUACCAACGAUGGUUCUACAUUCAGCUGUUCGUGUCCGGAUCCUUUCACGGGUUUAACCUGUGUAGAAACAAAACAAGAUUGUAGAACCGCUACCGCUUGCCAAAACGAUGGAAAUUGUCUCAUAAACCAAGGAACCGGUGUCUACCAGUGCGUGUGUCCUGUUAAUGCUAUGGGCGAGUUCUGUGAAAUACUAACACCAGACUGUACGAAUAGUUUGCCUUGCCAGAAUGGUGGAACUUGUGCCCUGGUGCUAACCUCGUACCAAUGCCAGUGUACUCCUCUUUUUGAGGGGGACCAGUGUGGUUUAGAUAUUACUGACUGUCGGUCACCAGAUAACUCGUGUGUUAAUGGUGGUACAUGUAUGUUGCAAUCGGGCAUCUAUGCAUGCGUUUGUCCGGAAUUCUUCCAGCUACCUCGAUGUAUUGUAGAGUUAACAGGAUGUUUGCGCGAUCCUUGCCAGAACGGAGGAACAUGUGCGUUCAACCAAAACGGGGAUCUUGUGUGUGAAUGCCCUGGGGGGUACGCAGGCCCACAAUGCGAAAGUGCAAUUACAUGUGAAAGUUCGCCGUGUCAAAAUGGUGGAACAUGUUUUGAGAGUGGGUUCGGCGCAGGUUAUAUUUGUCAGUGUCCUACCAAUUUUACAGGAUUAGUCUGUGAGACUGAAAAAUGCACGCCAUCAACUUGUCAAAACGGUGGAACAUGUAUUGAUGACACCACUGGGUUCAAUUGUCAAUGCCCUGCGGGAUAUAGUGGAGACAGAUGCGAUACUCCAGACUCUGCAAGUCCCUGUGACAGUUCCCCCUGUGGUGGAAAUGGAGCGACUUGUCUGGAGGAUGGGAAUAGUCAAUCGUAUAUUUGUAUUUGUCCUCCUGGUAGAUCUCCGCCAAACUGUGAUGGGCAGGUCCAAACUUGCAGUUCGUCACCAUGUCAGAAUGGUGGAACUUGUUCAGGUGAUGCCAAUGGCUACACGUGCCAAUGCCCUGUAGGAUAUAAUGGAGUGAACUGCCAAAACCCAGUCCAAACUUGCAGUUCGUCACCAUGUCAGAAUGGUGGAACUUGUUCAGGUGAUGCCAAUGGCUACACGUGCCAAUGCCCUGUAGGAUAUAAUGGAGUGAACUGCCAAAACCCAGCUUGCGAUUCGUCCCCAUGUCAGAAUGAUGGAACCUGUUCAGGUGAUGCCAAUGGAUACACAUGUCAAUGCCCUGUAGGAUUUGAUGGAGUGAACUGCGAAAACACAGUAUUACCAUGCGAAUCUAGUCCUUGUCUUAAUGGAGCGACUUGCCAUAACUUAGCAGACGUGUUGAAGGACCUCCCAUACUCGUGUAUGUGUGCUCCUGGAUUCAAUGGUCCUAGUUGUGAGAAUGUUCUAAAUUGCAGUUCUUCACCCUGCCAAAAUGGUGGUAUGUGUAUGGAGGAAGCCAAUGGUUAUACAUGCCAGUGCCCAUCCAUGUAUACAGGAACAAACUGUGAAGUAGUGUUACCAUGCGAGUCGAGUAGUCCUUGUCUGAAUGGAGCGACCUGCCAAAACAUCGAAGAUGUAAUGAACAAUCUCCCAUACACUUGUAUGUGUGCUCCCGGAUUCGAUGGUCCUAUUUGUGACAAUGAGUCAGUGACUUGUGAUGAUGAUCCUUGUGAGCCUGGUGGCACAUGUAUCCCGUUGGAUGUUUUAAAUCAGCUUGGCCUCUUCUACACAUGUUUUUGUCCUGAUAAGAGCAGUGGUCCCAACUGCACAGUACUUACUACGCCCGCAUCAACUACUACUGUAACAACAACAACACCAACCCCAACAACCACUUCUCCAACAACGCCGUCAACAGAACUCAACAGAACAACGCCAACGACAGAGCCCACAACACCAACAACAAUGCUGACAACAUCUGCAACCCCGGAGUUAUCAACCCCCAAUGACACAACAUGCCUGAAUGGUAUGAAUUGUGUCAAUGGAAUGUGCCUGAAUGCCAAGUGUGACUGUGACGAUGGUUACGAAGGAGAUUACUGUGAAUCAGAAAUUGACCUGUGCGGCCUAGAUAACCCAUGUAUGAAUAAUGGCGAUUGCAUCACAACUUUGGGCAGUUACGCUUGUAACUGUCAGAAUGGCUUCACCGGACUCAGAUGCACUAUUGGAACAGACCCCAACGACACAUUUACUGAUGAUCUUCUACUUCCGGUCUGGUGGAUCGUCAUCAUCGCCGUCAUCGCUCUCCUCAUUGUUAUCCUGCUCUUCAUCGUGGCUUGUACAUGCAACCUCAGCAGCCCAAAAGGGGAUAAAGAGCCACUGGCUUAAAAGAUAUCUUUUUAAGAAUCAUUUUCUUUCACAAUGAAGUAAUUUACAGAUCAUAGAGCACAUUUGAGAGCAUCCGGCCCCCAAGAAAAAAAGAAAAAAUAAUAGAUGAAUAUAAUGAUAAUCUUCAGAAUUCCUUUCCUACUUCAUUUUGAUUAUUAUCUUUUGGAAUGGUUCAUUUCGGUAACUGUAAUGCCUACCGGCACAAGUAAAUUUGUGUAGAAGAAAUUCAAUGGAAUCUUCUGAUUUUUCAUGAUGUGUUAGUAUCUUGGAUAUCGCACCUAUAAUGAUCAAGACAAUUCUCUUAAAAACUCUUUGUAACC